UCAGACAGAGAAGAGCACAGUUCUUGGAUCUUUCGAGUCAGCAGUACCACUUCUUUCUAAAAAAGAGAUUGAACCCUUUUCUUUCCAGGAAAAUCUUUCACAAGAUUCCAGAUUUGAAUUCAAAAAUCUCCCCACAAAGAUUAUAUGACAUUCACCUGUGUUUGGGAAAAAAAAUUAUUUUCAACACUGGAGAAAAAGACAUCUCAGAAAAGUCGUGGAGAAGUAGGAUAGUGGCAAAGAUACUAGUGAAAGAAGAAAAUUUGUGGAAUAGAAGUUCAGCUAAUGUGACAACCAAGAAAUUGGAAAGAAACUGGGGGAGCACUUCCAACUAAUAACCAACCCCCAAUUUUAUUAGACAUUAUAGAUUCUGACUUAAUGGAAUAUCUUGAGGAAAAUGAAGAAGAGAAUCAGAAUCAGGUGGCAAAAAACUAAUGGAAAAAUCAAUACAUGCUUCCCAGAAGUACUUAACUCAGAAGAAGAGAAAACAAAAAACUCUGAAAACCCUGGGCAAAACUUGACUGAAAACCCAUGUAGAGCAGGAAGACUCCAGCCAACUCUAGCAAAACCAUCUUGUCCCCUGCUCUCAAGAGACCCUCUCCAAUUCUCAAUGACUUUUGUUAAUAAAGUUCAUGAAGAUCAGAUAAGAGAAACAGAAUCAGAAUCAGAAUUGGAAAGAAGGAAUAAAGAACCAAAGAGCAAGAAACGGUCAAGGAUGAGUGAACACCUAGAUUCUGAUGUGAAUAUUUCCAAAAAUCCCGUUUUUUCAAAUAUUCAAAACAAAAACAUUUCAGAAAACGAGAGUGACAAAAUUACUGGUGGAAUGAGCAAACACAUACAACAGAAUUACAGCCAAUUUGAAGACCAAGAAAAUCAGGAAGCAUUUAACAUUAACCACCAGCCCCCAAAUACAUUUGAAAGUUAUGGAACCCUGAUCCCGGACACAAUCCCUAUUUCCAACGCUUCUUCAUUGGAAAGAAUCUUCGAGAAUCUAGGCCCAACUGACAAAUUUGAUGCCCUGAUGAGGGGAGAAUUCGUACUAGAUAUCAUUGAGUCUGAUUUCUUACCUGACUCUCCUGAUCUGAACAGACCAACAAAUAAAAAUAAAGAACAAAAGGAAGAAAACACAAAGGCAUCUGGUGAUCAAAAAGGAAUGAAAGUACAAAAGUUCUUAGGGCAUCAGUUUAAAAUUCUCAAGGAGCCCUUUUAUAAAAAUGAGUAUAACUCACCUAAUAAAGUCAAGGCUUUUUCUAAGACAUUGAACUUGACUCCACAGCAGGCAACUGAUGAAAUUCCAACCACCAGCAUGAACAACUCCUCUCUACAGAAAGGAAUCUUACUGGACUUAUCAAAUGAUAAGAAGAGAGAUGUGAUUCUUAAAUCUGAGAAUCCUGAGAAGAUGGAUUUCUUGCUCCAAACUCCACCUUUGACCAGAUUCAAAAAUGAGGAUGCAGAGAACAUAGAACCAGCUUCUAGACAAGAAAACAAAAUACGAUACAAAUUUUCAGAAUAUCAGUUACAGAUUCUCAGUGAAUACUUUCAGAGAAAUGAAUAUAUAAGACCUAAUGAAGUCAAGUUUCUUUCCAACACACUGGCUGUCUCACCCCAGCGGAUCAAAUUCUGGUUUGGUAACCAGAGAGCAAAGAAGAAGAAGAUGGGUACAUCAAACAGCACAUGAAAUGUGGAAGAUGUCAGAUGUACAGGAGCUGUUUUCUCAUAUCCAAGUUCCCAGAAUCCCAUGGUUACUGCUAUUUCUUCAUUCUAUGACCAUCAUAAUGCAAGAUGGAUACUCAUUCUUCUGUAAACUUACCCUCCCAGUAUUAUCAGUCAAUGCAAGGAAGUGGCUUCUGUGCUUCACAAGACCAAUUUCUUUAUCCGGGGCUGGGGUGAAUAUAUUUUGUCAAUAGGAUCAUCAACUUGUAAAUAGCUGAUAUUCAAUUAAAAAGGUACAAAUUGUUUAAUAGCUAUGAAAUAUUAAAUAGCAUGACAAGUUAUA